AUGUCCUAUCAUUUUGCCACCACCAUCAAAUCUGUCCGCGCUUCUGUCCGUGGCCAAUAUGAUUACUACGUCGUCGCUGAUGCAUUCUUCUUAAACUCUGACAAAUCUCAAACCAAUAUCACAAUAGAAGCCUUCAUACCUCUCUCCCCCGUUGAUUCCAGAAAGGACGACAUCAUCGAACUUGAAGGGAAUAUCGUAGGAGAUACAGAUGACAUUUUAAAA